AUGAUGCUUGCAUCAUCAGUUCGCGGCAAAAACUGCCACGAAGACGGAUCCCGGCCGCUGCUGGCAAUUGCGUACGGCGCAUAUGGUGAAAAAGUCCACACAGAUUAUUCCCAGCGGCUGGUGCCACUGCUCGCCCGUGGCUGGAGCGUCGCCUUUUGUCACGUCCGCGGUGGAGGCGGCUUCACUGUUGCGGCUGCGUGUAACUGGGAGCCGUCGUUGUUUGCUGGCCUCAUUCUCCGGGUGCCAUUUGUCGAUGUGUUGACGACAAUGUGUGAUGCGUCGCUUCCGCUCACGACGCACGAGGCGGACGAGUGGGGCGAUCCGGUGGCUGAUCCAGAUGCAUUCUUGCGUCUUCAGCGCCUGUGUCCGUAUCAGAACGUCAAGCAGCAGCCAUAUCCGCCCAUGUUUCUGACAGCAGUCCUUGAUGAUGAUCGCGUCAAAUAUUGGCAGCCACUGAAGUAUGCGGCCAAAGUGCGCCAGCAGAGUAGGAGCAACGCCGAUGUCGUCUUGUGGGUCGAGCGCGAAGGCGGACACGAGGCCAGCACGCCAGAGCUUGAGGCCGCGGAGAUUGCCUUUGCCCUACGCGCUGUCAGCGAAACCAAGCAAUGAUUUCCGUGUGCGCGCAGACAUGUGUGUGUGUAUCUAUGUGCAUAUGCGUGCAUACAUACGUGUAUGGCAUGUGUCGUGCUGUUUCCAGGCCAGUGAGUAUUAGGGCUGGGGGUUAGGGGUUUAGUUUAUCUGUUUAGCCACGCUUGGUUACACCUUCCGUGGAUCUGUGAAGUAAAUGUGCUCAUGUUCAC